AUGGCAGAGGCUGCGGAGAGCGAGUUGCCACAGUUCAUGGAGGGGCGAUACGACAUCUACGAAAAGAACACUUUUUUGGACUUUCCUGCGCCGAAGCCACUGAAGCUUGAAAAGGCCCAGACAGAUCCCCCUCCUGGAUUGGAGGGGCUCUGUGGGCUUUCAGGAAAGUUCGUGUCGGAAACCGACAGGUCCGAAGAUUCCACCGCAGCUGAUGAGACAGAGGCUGCCCCACCACCUUUGCCACUAGAGGUCUUUGUGACUCCAGACUGUUUCGAGGAUGUGGAUCUGCCUAUUCCGCUGUCAGCUGCAGCACCGGCCUUCAUCCCACUUCCCGGCACUCUUCCCGGGCCGCUGGGAUGUCCGCUUCCUGCCAUGCAUACACCGCAGAACCUGCUGCCGGGGAUCCCCGAUGCAUUUACCUUCGACAAUACGCUUUCCAUGGGCUCCCCUCCAAUGCAAGAGAUCUACCGCCCAAAGACGCAGAUCCUCCUAGAAGAGAUGCUGGCACCUUCAGUGGUGCCCUCGGUGGUGCCCGUCACCGAGCUCGCAUCGCCGAAGUUCCCCCCUCCGCCACCCCCGAUGCCUGCGCCUGUGCUGGCAGAGCCUCCAUCACCUGAGGUUCCUGCAGAGGCCCCGGUAGAGGGACCCCUGCCACCGCGUGGCAAUCUGCAGCUGGGUCAGAUCAUCUGCGAGGAAGCUGCUAGUGGCAUCUGGGAUGUGCAUUGGAGCGUAGACAGUCGACAGCUUUACACAACAACUGUGCGGCUCGUGUCCUCCAUCUUCAUGCUGGAAUUUCCAGGCGCCGGCAAGAUGCCCUUCAAGGUGUCUCUCCAACCGAAGGUGGUCAUUAACAACAAGCGUGGUGGGGGCUUCAAGAAAGCGAAGGGCAGAGGUUGCAUCGUGCUGAAAUGCGAGGCAGAGGAUUUGCAAGGAUCUCCCAAGCUCAACGUCACCUUUCGAGUUGGAAGGGCCGCUCGAGCGCAGCCCCCGCGUUCCGUUGAGGCGCACUCCUUCUCAGAGCAGAGCUGUUGCUGCCUCCCAGAAGCACAGCAGGAGUGGGACUUCAGGAGCUUGGCAGAUGAAGCAAGUGGAAGUCUGCUGGUCUCACUCCGCAUAGCAAGAGCCACAGAUCAUGAAAGCAAGGGAUGA